UCAUGGAGAGCCGCCGGGCGCGGCUCGCUUUACAUCGUCACUGGCAGUGGCAGCUGAAAAGAGUCACCCAAGCUGAGUCAGCUCUCGUUCCAAAGUCCUAACUACGCUUUUGGCGGGAGGAUUGCGUUUCUUGGCGCCAGACCUUCCCAAAAAAGUCCCAACUCAUUUUGAACAGACGGCGGCAGUGUGGCGUGUGGCGAAUUGUGAUUGGAAGAGCGGGAGAGACGGAGAGGGGGAAUUGCCGUCAGUUGUCGUGAGCGGGCGAUCUGCUGAUACCAGUUGGGCCAAUUUAGGGGGUCGCUGCACUACUCUCGACAUGCACAAAAGACAAAAAUCAUGGGGGCGUAUCUCGCCAUGUUUGUAGCGAAGAUUCACUCUCGUUUUGCACAUUUCGAGAGUAGUGCAGCGAGGCCCUUACUGUAGUAUUCGUCCGUCACCGUCAAUUUGUGGCCUGCGCCACACCACUUCCCAGUUCUAGGAAAAACAAAGUUCGCCGGGGUGGCAAAGGAGGAGGAGGAGGAGGAUCCACUCCCGGCAGUCAGCUCAGCAACUAUUCAGUUCAGUAAUUCAUCAGCAGUGAUCCUCCUCCCGCUCAGUCAGCAAUUCAGUAAUUCAUCAGCACAGCAGUGAUCUUCCCGCUCAGUCAUCAAUUUCAGUAAUUCAUCGGCAGCGGUGGUGCUUGUUGUGCUCUUGGCUUGGCUGGCCGGCAUUAGUCACUCUACUUGGUUGUUACGCGAUCCGGACAUCGGGAGCCCGAUCUUGAGUGCGCAUCUCUGUCUGGGGAGGGAGGCGAAGUUUGUUCUGCUGAGGCCAUUAAGACGAUGGGGGAAGAAACCAUGACACGCUCCAUACUCGUUCUCAAUGCUGGAAGCUCUUCACUAAAAUAUGCAUUGUAUCAUUUAGGUGCGAAGACCAGAUGCGCUGUACAAGGAUUGGUGGAGCAAGUGGGAACUACAAGAAGUGUGAUUACACACUCAGAAUUGGGAGAGUCGGAUGACAAAAAUACACUCACCGAGAAUGCCGCGAUUCCAGAUCACGGUGAUGCUCUCAAGAGGGUAGUGCGGUUGCUUAAACUGGACAAACAGAACAUCGCAGGGGUUGGACAUAGAGUAGUGCAUGGUGGGGAGUCGAUCACUGGACCCAUGCUUAUCGAUGACAGUCUGAAAAAGGCCAUUGUUCGCUCUACACCGCUUGCUCCACUUCACAACCCACCUAAUCUGCAGGGUAUUCUGGUGGCAGAACAGUUGUUCUCUUGCCCACAAGUAGCUGUGUUUGACACAGCCUUCCACUGCACGAUGCCCCCAAAGGCGUACACUUAUGGCGUGCCAUACGCUCUUUAUGAGGAGCUUGGUCUGCGUAGGUAUGGGUUUCACGGAACGAGCUUUUACUACCUGACGGGCGAGUCUGCACGGUUGCUGAAUAAGCCCAAGAACAAGGUGAACCUCAUCAUCUUCCAUCUGGGAGCAGGAGCAAGCAUGGCAGCAAUCCGGAACGGGGAAUCCAUCGACACGACGAUGGGCGUAACUCCGCUCGAAGGGCUGAUGAUGGCGACGAGGUCGGGUGAUAUUGAUCCUGCCAUUUACAAGCUUCUCUCAGAUCAGAAGGGCAUGAGUGUGGCAGAGAUUGACACGAUGCUUAACAAGGAGAGCGGUUUGGUCGGAGUGUGUGGGGAGAAGGACAUGCGGCGCGUGCUCGACAAGGCGGGUAAUGGAGACGAGGGUGCCAAGCUCGCGCUUGCGGUUUUCAUCCAUCGGAUCAGGAAGUACCUGGGUGCUUAUUACGUGCAUCUGUGCGGAAAGGUGGAUGCUCUCGUCUUCAGCGCGGGGAUUGGAGAGAGGUCGGCGCCUAUCAGGGCGUUGGUGUGUGAGGGCUUAGAGGAGCUGGGCAUUUCCAUUGAUGAGAAGAAAAACAAUGAGAGCAGGAAGGAUGGCAGAGAAAUUCAGAAAGAUGGAUCGAAGAUCAAAAUUCUGGUGGUACCGACAGACGAGGAGCUGUCCAUUGCCCAGCAAACACUGUCUGUGAUUGAGAAAUUGCCAGGAGAUGGUCCCGGGCGUUAAACGGCGGGCGGAAAUGUAGGAAGGUAGGUAUGUAGAGUUGGUGGAUGGCUAGGUAGGUAGACCGUUGACUUGCAAAGCUAGUUUAUGGUAUUAUUCUGUGAGCCUUUUACGAGUAUUCUCUGCUGCUCUGUGCAGAUCGUGUCUGUGUCAUUAUUAUUUGUUGAGCAUUCUGCCAGAUGGAAGUUCGGUGUGGAGAAAGAAAGAAAGAUUAUGAGGAUGUUACAGAAGACACUGACAUGUGCUGGGGAAGGGGGGGGGAGAGUGUGUGUGCGUGUGCGUGUGUGUGUGUGAGAGAGAGAGAGAGAGAGAGAGAGAGAGAGAAGGUGGAAGUUGCAGAGUGUGUGUGUGUGUGUGUGUGAGAGAGAGUGAGAGAGAGAGAGAGAGAGAGAGAGAGAGAGAGAGAGAGAGUUUUUUUUACUAAUCCAUUCAGUUUUCAAGGUAUUCAUGGAGGCAAACCUUUUCGGACUGACUAGAAGCCAUGCGAGGAGGAGUUACUUCAUUUUUUCUCUUUCUUGUAUGGUGGUUAUCUAAAUUCUCUGUGAGUCUCCCACAGUAGUUGUUUCAUCUGAUAUGCUUGGUGUAGGUGUUCGAGGACCUUUUGAAGGUGUUCAGUACUUGCAGAGGUGAAUAAUACUGUAUGUUUUCAUAUCCAUGUCCUAUGGUUUCACUUUUUUUGGGACUUUUUCGGAAUCUUUCCUGCUCUUCGGGGAUUCUUUGUUUAGAAACU